ACAACCAACCGGAGGAGGGGUUUAAGAUAGUAGGAGAUGAUUGGCUAGGCCACACGCCGGUCAUCAAAACUGGCGAGAACCUUCUUUUAACAACGCGGCGCAUUGUCGUUGAGAGGAGAGGAAGCAGCCCAAUGGUGGAACGCAACAUCAAUCAGUAGAGUUGGAUGAAUUGAUUGGCUGGCUGAGACAUCACUCAGAAAUUCCUCCGUGUGAUUGGGCCAGACGUUUAGAGGCGACCGGCGCGGCGGGCUCUGAGGUAGAAACCGCUGGAUUCACCGCCGGGGGGAGGGGAAAAGAAGUGUUUUUUAAUAACAUAAAAGAAAAGUAAAAUGGUCCCUGUUCUCACCGUGAAAAGAAGUCGGGCCACGUCCUCUACCCCAGCCCAUAACCGAGGGACGCGGUAGACAAUAGCAAGCGCGCGAAUACAUCGCCGGGGCCUUGCGAUCGGCGGCCGCUGGAGCCUGGCUCGAGUGACGAGGAGGAACUGCUGUUGAUGGCGUCCAUGGACACCAUGGACCUUGCGGUGGAGGAGCUGGGCAUUUCGAUGGAAGAGAUCCGGGAGUGGAUCGACAAGGAGCUGGAGAAGGUGGACUUUCUCAAGCAGCGCAAGGCUGCGCUCCGGGAGCUGGAGAGCUGGGUGGAGAAGAAGGAAGCCGAGGUGGCCCGUGUAGAUGGACUGUUCGAGGAUGCGUCCCGGUCGGUGGAAGUGUGCGAGUCGAUGGUAAAGGACCUGUACAGUGAUCUGGGGCUGAAGUACGAGGAGGCUGACCAGGAGGAGGCGGACCCGAAAAGCACCACCAAGCCGUCGGAAGUGAUCGAGAUCUUGGACGAUGAUGACGACGACGAUGAUGACGUGAUGGCCGUUGAAACUAUUGAAAUGGGGAAAGUUGCAUCAUCUUCAUCCACCUCCAUGACUAUGUCGGCACUGAGCAAGAUUACCCGAGAGCCGUCCUUGCUGCGGGAUGCCAUGGCUGCCAUGAGGAAGUCUGCCCGGGACGUGCAGAAGUUCGUGGAGGCCGUCUCCAGGAAGCCGACAGCAACCCCGUCGGGACUGCUGCGUGCUGUGACCACACAACCGGAGCCCGACAAGACCAGGCAACCUGGCUCCGCCUUCUCCAUGCCCUCUUCGCCUACGAGCACCCUCUCCUCCACCUGCAGCACCCAGCCCCGGCCAGCACUGCCACCCAGCACGCCAGCCCCGCCAGGCAGCAGCCAGCAAGCCGUCACUGUGGUGGAGGACGAUGAGGUGGUCAAAGAUGGUGACCUGUACAAGGGCAUGCGCAUCCUGGGCAAGAAACGGACCAAAACAUGGCACAAAGGGGCACUUAUCGCCAUCGUGGCAACAGGCAGCAACAAUAAGUACAAGGUGAAGUUUGACAACAAGGGGAAGAGUCUACUGUCAGGUAACCACAUCGCCUACGACUACCACCCGCAGGGCGACCGGUUGAUGGUGGGGAGCAGGGUGGUCGCCAAGUACAAGGAUGGUAAUUCGGUCUGGCUGUACGCCGGCAUUGUGGCCGAGACACCUAACAUCAAGAACAAGUCCAGGUUCCUUAUUUUCUUUGAUGAUGGCUACGCCUCCUACGUCGCCCUGUCAGAGCUGUACCCCAUCUGCAGACCAUUGGGGAAGACCUGGGAGGACAUCGAGGACGUCUCCUGCCGUGACUUCAUCGAGGAGUACAUCACAGCUUACCCGAACAGGCCCAUGGUGCUGCUGAAGAAUGGCCAGCAGAUCAAGACCGAAUGGGAGGGCACUUGGUGGAAGUCCCGGGUGGAAGAAGUCGAUGGCAGCCUGGUCAAAAUCCUGUUCCUGGAUGACAAACGUUGUGAAUGGAUCUACCGUGGCUCGACCCGCCUGGAGCCCAUGUUCAACCUGAAGAUGACCACUGCCUUCCGACAGGGCGGGCAGAGCGGCCAGCAGCGUACCCGGCCCAACGUCGGUGCAGUGCGGACGAAGGGCCCCGUGGUGCAGUACACGCAGGACCUGACAGCAAGUACCACCCAGACCCCUCAGCAGCAGUCUGCGUCUCCAGCUACGCGCACCCCUCAGCCUCACUCACCGCCUGAUAAGACGGACACCCCUGGCAGCUUGGCACAAUCCAGGAAGCAGGUAGCAAAAAAGAGUACCUCCAUUCGACAGACAGGACCUGCAGCCCGGGAGGCGGAACCAGCCGGGUCUGUGGAAUCGCCGUCUGCCAGCGAUCUGACCAGCAAGCCCACAGCCAACCAGCCCUUCAGAUUCGGAGUGCCAGCCCCCACGAGCCCAGACAAGGCAGAGGGCGCCGGUGGCCUGGCCGCGCAUAAGCAGCUGGACGAACGGAUGCCGGUGGAGGCUCCCUACCGGGCACCGACUGAGAAACUCUUCUACGUGGCGCAUAAGUGCGGCCCCAGCUGCCUGGCCCGUGCCAUGCCAGCCUCCCGAGGCCAGCACCAGGGCAGGAAUCCCAUGCUGGUGCCCCUGCUCUACGACUUCCGCCGCAUGACUGCCCGCCGCAAGGUCAACCGCAAGAUGUCCUUUCACGUGGUGUACAAGGGCCCCUGCGGCCUCAGCCUGCGCAACAUGGAGGAGGUGGAGCGCUAUCUGGCCGAGACCAAAGCCGACUUCCUCUACCUGGAGAUGUUCUGCUUUGACCCCUACGUGCUGGUUGACCGCAAGUUCCAACCACAGAAGCCCUUCUACUACAUUCGGGACAUCACCAAUGGCAAGGAGGAUGUGCCACUCUCCUGUGUCAACGAGAUUGACUGCACGCCACCGCCUCAGGUGGCCUACAGCAAAGAGCGCAUCCCUGGUGAGGGGGUCUACAUCAACACUGACCCUGACUACCUGGUGGGCUGUGACUGCACCGACGGCUGCAAGGACAGGUCCAAGUGCGCGUGUCUGCAGCUCACCACGCAGGCGACAGCUUGCAACCCAGGAGGCCAACUCAACACCAGUGCGGGCUACCAGAACAAGCGGCUGGACGAGUGCUUGCCCACAGGGAUCUACGAGUGCAACAAGAGGUGCAAGUGCAACGUGGGGCUGUGCACCAACCGGCUGGUGCAGCAUGGCCUGCAGGUACGGCUGCAGCUCUUCAAGACCCAGAACAAGGGGUGGGGCAUCCGCUGCCUCGAUGACAUUGCCAAGGGCUCCUUCGUGUGCAUUUACGCAGGCAAGAUCCUGACGGACGAUUUUGCAGACAAGGAGGGCCUAGAGAUGGGCGACGAGUACUUUGCCAACCUGGACCACAUUGAGAGUGUGGAGAAGUACAAGGAAGGCUACGAGAGCGAUGCCAAGUGCUCAUCGGACAGCAGCGGCGUGGACCUGAAGGAGGAGCACGAACACACGGGCAGUGAGGCGGAGGACUCCAGCUCGGACAGCUCCGACCAGAACUUCGGCGGCACGGACGACGCCUACGUGCCCGGCUCUGUCUGGCGUAGUUAUGUGACCCGUACCCGGAGCCGGGAACAGAAGGAGAAUGGCUCUGAGGCCGGGCCACCCCGCCAGGAAGAUGGUGGCUCCUGCAAGCUCCCCAUCACUGAGGAGACUGCCAAGAACAAGGUGGCGUCCUGGCUCAGCGCCCUGCGGGUUGAGGAGGCUGACUCUGACAGCCGGUCCUCGUCCAGGGCAGCGGAGGCUGGCGGGCCCGAGGCCAAGCCUCCCAAGGAGGAGCCACUGAAGGAGGAGGAGGUGGGGGAGAGGGAGGCGGAGGGUGAGAAGCCAGUCGUCCCUCCCCUCAAGACGGAUGCAACCUCGAAGGAGGAGCCCAAGCCAGGCGAUGGCAUAGCAGAUGUCAAACCGGUCGGCAAGCAGGAGACAGAGAAGAAGGAGACCAAGGCGGACAGCCCAGAUGGCAUUGGCAUUAAGAACCAGGAUGCGGCAAUUCACCUCAAGCUAUCACUGCCAUUUGAUAACUCCUCUCGGAACUUUGGCUACAACCCGCGGCCAGCGAGGAGCGAGGGGAUCCGCAGACCGGUGAGCAAGACCACACUGCUACAGGCGCGACGGAACUCAGCACCCCCUCCAAUCUCCAAAGACGAGGUGAUGACAUUGUCAAGCAGCUCGGACAGCGAAAUGGACACGGGCACCCAGACCAGCGGCAGUCGGCGACAGGGUCAAGGGCAGGCCCCGGCAGCCUGCAACGACAGCGACGACAUCCAGACCAUCUCCUCCGGCUCCGACGACUACAGCGCUGGCAAGAAGGAAGAGAGUGAUUCAAAGAACGCGGACAAUGCGAACAAGCGGCAGGUGGCGGUCAAGUCAACCCGUGGCUUUGCCCUCAAGUCAACGCACGGGAUUGCGGUGAAGGCGUCAAACAUGGAGAAGGGUGAAGGAGGUGGCAGUCGCAAGAGCACCCGGCAGUUCUACGAUGGUGAGGAAUCUUGCUACAUCAUCGACGCCAAGCUGGAAGGAAAUCUGGGCCGCUACCUCAAUCACAGCUGCAGCCCUAACCUCUUUGUGCAGAACGUGUUUGUGGACACGCAUGACCUCCGCUUCCCCUGGGUGGCAUUCUUCGCCAGCAAGAGGAUCCGAGCUGGGACUGAGCUGACCUGGGAUUACAACUACGAGGUGGGGAGCGUAGAGGGUAAACAGUUACUAUGUUGCUGUGGCUCCACCGAGUGCAGGGGGAGGCUCCUGUAGGUGAUCUCCACCCCCCCCUUCACCCCACCUCCCCCCUUCACCCCACCUCCCAACAUGGCCCAUGGGGCACCCCUACCCCAGCCAUCAUCCACCCCCAACCCCUCAACUCCCUGCUGGCUCACUACUAGUGGCGUUCCCUGCUGGGUUCCUGGGACAUUCCUGGAGAGAGUACGUGAGCAGGACUCACUGCACGCUAUCUACCCCCUCCCCUAGCCUGGAAUUGUCUUUAAAACCCCACAACCAUCCUCUCUUUCCUAAGAAGGGCUCUGGGUCCCUUGUCUAGGAACAAGCAUUUCCUGGGGCAUGGAUGCUUUCACCUGUCGCCCCCCCCCCCAACUGUAGCAGAUGGUGGGGGGGGGGUGGUGAAGGUGGUUAAUAACUGUCCAACUAGCAGCUGCAGCCCUUGCAAACACACUUAAAGCCAGGGCAAUCUAUCUCUCCCUCUCUCCCCCCUGCCCCCCCUAUUGAAGGGGGUCUGUGUUACCCUUCAUUCCCUUGGCCAGUUAAUGCCCCAUCACUUAAACCCUUGGCAUUCCUCCAACUCUAGAACACCACCCCUGCCCAUUCCAUGUGGAAUGAAAUAAGCAGGCUCCGUUCAUUACCCUAAUACCCCACUCUAUACCCCACCUUAAUGUGAGUGUGGUCCAUUACCCUAAUAGCCAGCUCUAUUCCCCCCCCCCGCCCCCCACCUUCUGGUCUGGACACAUUCUCCACCUCUUCAAUCAACCUGGAUCGUGUCUUGCUGCCGGGAGCCACACACAAGACCUGAACAGUGUCACAGGAGUGACAGACAGCGACACUUCCUCCUACACGUCUGGCUUGAAGAUGAUGCCUUCCAGAGCCCAGGCAGACUACGAAUGUCAGACUUAAGGAACAGCCAUACUCGGUGGGCCUGCUCCCCCCCAUAACCCACACCCACACCUCUUGUACAUGUCACUGAAUAAAAACACACAAUCCAUUCUCUUUUUUAUUUAAAACUGCUCGUCUCUGCGGCUCCGUACUUACGCUGAAGCCUCAGCCCUAUGAUGCGGAGGGUUGGUAUCAGUGUCCCUUCUUUGCAUCCCUCCCACACAGGGGUUGGUGAGGAGUUCCUCAUUUUAACGAGGGCGAGUUUCAGCAAGGAAGUGGAAGCAUGAACCAGUAGGGAGCAGCUGUGUGCCACUCGGCCCCUCAAAGCCCAUUCCACAUUGUGGUUGCGGGAGUGACCAGUGAGCAGGAUUUGACCCCACCUCGGGACUUCAGCCGGAACAGCCCAUGCGAGUAACCUUGGUGCACACUGCAGCCACUGUGGUGGAGGAAGGGGUUGUUUGGGUUGGGGGGUGGAUAGGUGCCCAAUUGAGUUAGCUGUUCAGUUCCUGAUGGUGUCGAACUUCCUGAGAGAUAGGGAGCGUCCUGUUUCCCCUGACUACAAGGCACAGGUGAGGAGUGUGAGGCCUUGGAGUGAGUCACUCACCACAGGACUCCUCCUCGCCCCCCCCCCUUGGUGUCAGGCAUCCUCUGAAGAGACAUGACAGAAAAAACAGGAGCGAGGCGCUCGGCCUCUCCAGACUGCCCCACCAUUCGAUACAGUCAUGGGGCUGAAGAAGCUCACCGAGAUGCUCCCUGGCUGGAUUAGAGGGCAUGAACUAUAAGGAGACGUUGGACAAACUUGGAUUGUUUUCUCUGGAGCGUCGGAGGCUGAGAGGAGACCUGAUAGAGGUUUAUAAAAUUAUGAGGCAGAUAGAGUAAACAGCUGGUGUCUUUUUUUCCCGGGUUGAACUUUCUAAUACCAGAGGGUGAGAGGGGAGAUGUGCAGGGCAUGGUUUUACAGACAAAUCACUGCCAGGAUGGCAGUCGAGACAAACAUUAUAGAGACUCUUAGAUAGGCACAUAAAUGUUAAUUUAAUUGUUUUGGCACAACAUCGUCAUCCAAAAUUGCACACAGUAAGAUCCCACAAGCUGCAGCUGGUUAAGAGCCAGUCUGGUAAUGUGAGAGGGUGCAGAGAUGAGAAAAACAUCAGGAGGGUUACACCCGUAGCUGGUCUCCGUAGCAGAGGCAGGGGAAUUCGUUUCACUGACAAAUGAUGGACUUCAUUCCUGCCUCUUCUGACACAGGACGUUAUGUUGCAGUUGUACAAGAUGUUAAUGAGACUGCACCCGGAGCAUUGUGCACUGUUCUUGUCCCUCUGUUGUAGGAAGGGUGUCAUUAACUUGGAAAGAGUACAAAGAUUAGCAGAGAUGUUGCCUGGGACUGAGGGCCUGCGUUACAGAGGGAGGUUGAAAUUUUUGUACCUUGGCAUGUAAGAGACUGAAGGGUGACCUUAUGGAGGUGUAGAAAACCAUGAGGGGCAGAGAUGGGGUAAAUGCACAGUCUUCUUCAGGGAUGGGAAAAACAUAGAAAACCUACAGCACAAUACAAAGCUGUGCCGAACAUGUCCUUACCUUAGAAAUUACCGAGGCUUACCCAUAGCCCUCAGGAACUAGAGGGCACAGGUUUAAGAUGAAAGGGGAGAGAUUUAAAAGGGAACUGAGGGGUAACUUUUUCACCCAGAGGGCAUGAGCUGCCAGAGGAAGUGGUUGAGGCAGGUACAGGAACAUUUAAAGGACACUUGGACAGGUAUGUGGGUGGAAAGGUUCAGAGCGAUUGUGGGUUAAACAUGGCAGGUAGCCUGCAUGGGAUCUUGGCUCAGUGCUGACCAGUUGGGCCAAUGGCCUUGUUUCAAUGCUGUGUGACUCUGACCCUGUUCCAGCCUGGGUCCCCACAAGCUGUCCAGUAAUGGACACACUGCUCUGUGUGGUAACGUCCAGAGCUACCAUUUCUAGAGGCCCGGGCUCUGUGCCCCCGAAAAUCUGCACCCUUGUGCAGAGCCGGAGGGCAGAUCUUCCCAAUUAUCGGAUGCUCCUUCAGACGUGCCGAGGUACAGGCUGAUCAAAGUGGGGCUGUGCCAUGGGUCCAAGGAGCCAGGUUAGUUCCCGAGCGGAGGGGCUGCUGUCCCUCCCACAGCACAAUGACACGUGGGGUGUAAACAGGUAGUUCGGCCUGGACUGGAUAGGUCAAAGUGCCUGUUACUGUACUGGACGACUCCAUAUCAGCGGGCAUACCUCAGGGGAAGACUUGUCAGGCCAAAUUUCCUGAUUAAGCAUGGUCUCCCCCUGAAGAAAACCCCACUAGACAUUGAAGCACUAUUCACGGUUCUGCCUAACUCUCCAGAGAACAGGAGUUAGUGCAGCCUCCACUGUAAAGUCAUGCUUGUGGCCCCAGCACCCCAGAGAUGGAGCAUCCCACAGAAAGAUCACGAGCAGCCUGGACUCAUUGGGACGCAUGGGAUUUGGUUUGACAGGGUCACUCUGUUCCCAUGGGAGGGUGAGGAAUCGGGGCUCAGUGCCUCGGAGCAAGGGGCAGCCCUUGUUCCACAGCCAGUGCAGGGGUUUCUCCACCCGGCCUGCAAAUGGAGACUGUCAGAGAUCUCGACACUAGCACUGAUCAACCCUCACUCAAGAAAUGGAGGGUGAGGAGGUAGGAAUGAUGUAAACAGAAAUGAAACAAGGGCAACAGCAACCACAAGACAGAUGGGAAAUAAAAAAAAACAGAAGAAAUCAGUUCAGGGAGCAACCAAACGGAGGGGGGAGGAACAAGUGGAGGCAGGAGGUUAAGGGAAUUGCAGAAACAAACGGGGAGAAGGGACAAGGGAAAUGGAUAGACAGAAACAGGGUGAAGGGUCCAGGGUGAAG